UCUAGUACACUGUCAAUUACACUGUCUAGUACACUCUCUAGUACACUGUCAAAUACACUUACACUGUCAAAUACACUGUCCAGUGCACUCUCUAGUACAAUGUCUAGUACAAUGUCUAAUACACUGUCUAGUACAAUGUCUAAUACACUGUCUAGUACAAUGUCUAAUACACUGUCUAGUACAAUGUCUAAUACACUGUCUAUUAUCGGUCCAGGAACUCAGGAUUCUGCUCUGUCUAUUGGAUGA